UGUGUGUUUGACAAAUACUCUUUGUUGGUGGUGCUUUCGUGCUGGAGUGGAUAAAUGACCGAUGGAAGGCAAUAAAUUGUGUUUGUUCCCUUAGAAAAUAAAUUGUCAGUGAUUGCUGGAUUGUUGUCAGGUGUACGGGCAUGAUAUCCCAUCUUUCUUUAGUGUAUUGUGUUUGAUAUACAAUAUAUAUAUAUAUAUAUAUAAGACUCUUGUCCACCGUCCAUAGCAGAUAAGAGACAAUAAAUAGAAUGGAUAAUCAAGUAUAAUUAAUUUGUAAAGGAAGUUUUGGAGUAGUUUUUACGGUACUAUUUCGACUGCUCGUAGAAGGUAGGCGGGUGAAAUGAAAGUUUAUUGUUUUAUAUUGUUAUACAUGUGUAGUGUAGCAAACGCCGGGGACAAGGAAGUCGAAGAAGAUGGCAACAGGAAAAAAAUAAUCGAGCAGUUGACGAGAACACGCACGGUGCUACUGGAUGACUAUCAUUUGGUGACUAGACAGAUAGCCACUGAUGUAUAUAUGUUUAGGAGCUAUCGCACUGUUUCUGUUAUAUUUUAUCCUGUGAUGAGGGAUGUUACCGAUGCCCGCUUUACAUUCCAGUCGGAGGAGCUACAUUUGAAUAAUAUUGGGUCGUGCAGUCCUCAAGAAGUAAUAGUAAAUAUAAAGCACGGCUCGUAUCCAGCUGUGAACCCUGAUGGGUAUGAUUUUCCAAAAGGCUUCGUGGAUCCUGCCACCAGAGGGAAUAUUCACACCCUAGAACUGUUGUCGGACGGUCUAAACCGGACUUACUCUAUAAAGAAUCCUAGGCCCGGCAACUGGUACGCGCUGGUUUACAUCAAAUGGGAAGAUCCGAGGACGCAAAAAGUUGAGCAACAAGGACUCGUUGCGGACUGCCAAACGAUCUUAUAUACAGACCUUCAGGUGAAAAGGGAGAGUGAUAUAGAGUUAAUAGACUGUUACAAUGGCCUUACUUUGGAAUACUCACAGAUACCAGCCUUGUUUAAGUGCAUGUCGAUAGACAGUACCGAUCCAAUCGGUUUAAACUUAACAAUAUUGAAAGCCACCAACUUGGCAUCAGAGUUGUCUUUUAAAAUUCAAGCGUUAUCUUUACCUACAGAUGAAAAUUACCUUGUGUUUUGCGCGUUCACUCCAGAAGAUAACAACAUCCAAACGAUCACCUUUUACCCUCAUCCAAAUGCAUGGCAUUACAUUUAUAUUAACCAUAUGAACGACACCACAAAAGUACCUGAUUGUGAAUCCUAUUAUCUCCGAAGUGACGCAGAGGAAGUAGACAAUAAUACAGUUCUAGAUCUUAUGCGCGAUGAUAAAGGUAGAUUUUUUACAUUCGACUACGGUUUGCCUACAACAGACCUGCAAGAUACAACGAGCCUAGUCAAUAUUACUUCUAAUGAAGUGAAAAGUGUUAGGUUCAAAGUCAAUCAGUUCUUGGAUAUCGGAGGAAGCCUUGCUAUAGAGGCGAGCUUGCUUAUGAGCCUCAAAUAUUAUAUGGGCUACAAAAGGGAGCUUAAAAAGGGGUCGUUACUUGCGUUCACUGAAGACAACCAGUAUUUUAAAGCAGUUAUUUGCUUAGAUAUCGGCCAUACAAGCAUACCAUUAAAAACUGGUCAUUGUAAAUAUAACGAUAAAGUGAAGCCAGCGUUAUUUGUGCUGAAUAGCACAGAUUCAGAGUCCAUAUACGAUAAAACUAUCAUACCCUUCCCUGAUAGUGGAACUUGGUAUUUGACAUUGAGAUUAUUCUGCGAUAAAAUUGUUUGCCCUUGCCGCACUUCUGACAAUGGCACGAAGUAUUACGUAGAUUUAGAUGUUAUAGAUAAGGACAGAGAAGAGGAUUCUUAUGCUUCCUGGAAUAACACGAGGCAGGGUACUUCCGAUUGUAACGCUACAGUGGUGCUGUCUGUGUCUUCGACAUCGUGUGUUGGUGGAAGAUGCAGUAAUCAUGGCAACUGUCUACUGAACACCUUUGGGGGGCUCGUGAUGUCGUUCUGCUCCUGUUCAGCAGGCUACGGAAGUUGGGAUUGUUCUGACGACUCUAGGAUGGACAGCAGACUGUACAUGCUCGUCGCCGUGCUCCUCCUAACGCUAAGUAACCUUUUGUUUAUAUUCUCAAUCUACGUAGCCAUCAUACGUUUGUACUACACCGAAGCCAUGAUGUACGCCUUCACGAUGGUGUUCUCUACGUUCUACCACGCCUGCGAUGCUCCAGCUCAAGUGGCUUACUGCAUGGUUAGAGGCAACAUUCUCCAGUUCGGUGAUUUCUAUUGCGGACUAAUGUCAUUUUGGUUGACCCUACUAGCGAUGAGCGUAGUGAACGAUAAAUUCAGAUCCUCCAUCCAACUGAUUGGUGCCAUCGUGAUAGCAUUGCUAACUACGUGGAACAUGCAUUCGUUUGUAGCCUUCUUGCUCCCUGUGGCCGUUGGCGCAGGAAUUCUUUUGCUGUCUUGGUAUCUGGAUUAUAGAAAGUCGCGCACCAUGCGUUAUCCUAAGUCUUAUUACACCAUUUACAUGCCCCUUGGUCUAGUUUUAGUGUCAGUAGGUUUAAUUUGCUACGCGUUCCUGCAAACCGAACAGAAUUAUAAAAUAGUUCAUUCCAUAUGGCACAUGAUAAUCGCUUUGAGCGUUGUAUUCUUGUUGCCUGAUGUGAGAAGGAAUGAGGGUGGUAACCCGUUCGUUCCGACUCCCAAUUCUUGUAAAUUACCAUUUUGCAGGGUGUUCAAUCGAUCUCAACCAAUAGCUGCGGACUGAGUCCGCUUUACCAUGACGUUGUUUAUAAUAAUAUUGUAUAAGAAGUUGCAAUUGUAUAGUUCGUAAGUAGUAAAUGUUUACUGCAAAGCAUUACUCCUCCUAGUCAGCCAUGAGUACAGAAGAGAUUUCUUUUAUAUUGAUUUAAAUGCAUUUAUAUUUGUCUUGUAUAUUUUAUGUUAUAAAAAUCAUGUAAAAGUCGUAUAACCUAUAGUGUAUAAUCAAUACGGAAACUGAUCAAAUGCAAGAAGACUGCGGUAUUUUUUAAUUCGAUAUUGAAUAUAUAAUUGCCCCAAAUAUUGACUCGGGUGAAUAAAAAAGUUGCAUUUACAGCUAACAGCACAUCAGGUUGUACAAAACUAUAAAAUUUUAAUUUGACGUGCUGUUGUGUGUACGUACAAUAUACAAAAUUUUGAUGGGUU